AUGGCGCAGGUUCUACGGUUCGGAGCGCUCUCCAUCCACAACGCAAACAUCGCGACCAGACCUUUUCAAACCGCCAAUUUCGCUAGACCAUCUUCGCGAAAGUUCGCACGGCGAUGCGUGCGAGUGCAGGCGAAGCAACAGGACGACCUACCACCAUCGGAGAUGACCUACCAGAACGCGCUGGACCUGCUGGGGGUGAGGGAGGGAGCGACGUUCGACGACAUCCUGCGAGCGAAGAAGCGAAUUACAGACCCAGGCACCGCCGAUCAGGAGCUUCUUCUGAGGGUCGAAGCAGCGUACGACAUUCUCCUCAUGCAGUCCCUCUCUCGGCGCCGCUCCGGCGAGGUCGUCGACAGCAGCGUGCGCUUCGCGGACGUGCAGAAGCCCCGCCCGCCCGCCCCGCCUUCCUGGCUGCAAAAGGCCCUCAAAUCCUCGCCGGUCGCCGUCACCACGCCCAACACCAGCACCAGCAGCGGCAGCCAGGCGCUCGCCGUGCAAUCCGCGGUCUUCGCGUCGCUGCUCAUCUGGACGUACGCCUCGGGAUUGUCGUCGGGGUCGGAUCUGGGCGGGUCGUUGUACGGGCCCGCGGCGACGGGAGGGGAUGUGCCGGGGCUGCAGCUGGCGCUGGCGUUUGGAUGGGCGCUGUACUCGCUGCGGAAGGAAGGCGUUGGGAUGGGCAAGGCACUGGGGCUGUCAACAGGGGGGCUCGUGCUGGGAGCAGUGGUGGACAGUCUGGUGUAUCCUGGUUGCAGUUCAACAUCUCUCCCCUGCUCGGACGUGUCCUUAAGCAAGGCAGCAGGGUUGUCGACAGGGGGGCUUGUGCUGGGAGCAGUGGUGGGCAGUCUGGUACAGGCCUGGUUGCGAGUCGACAUCUUUCCCCUGCUCGGCAUCGGCUCCCCUGCCGUCCUCAUUAGUGAAUUCUCCAUUAUCAACCUCUGGCUCGCCGCUGUCUUCCUGCGCUGA